CAAUCUCAAAUUAUUGGGCUAGUUUAUUGGGCUCAUAUGUAGGCCCAUAGUUCUUUUAGUACCAAACCAGAACAAUUUGCCGCCCAGUCGGGCAUCCGCUGUUCUUCAUCACCAUCUCUCUUCGUUCCCUCCAAAAGAAGUAUGCGACUCCAUGCCUCCAAAUCCUUCCGUUCGUCUUCUGUUUUCCCGCUCAACAAGAUCUUCAAAUCCUCAUUAUCCUCGCAGUCCCAACCCCAGAAGCCUCUAGCUCCACAAAGCUUCAUCAGAUCAAGCGCCGGCAAAGAUGAACCCGUCGCUCGCUUAUGCAGGGAGAACAGAUUCAAAGAAGCAAUUGACCUCUUGUGCGAGCAAAAUCGUGCCAACGAUGCAAUUCAACUACUUAACCGGAUGGAUAGACCUUCAGCUGCUAUCUACUCAGCUGUUAUACAGUCCUGCUUGAAGACGCGGUCCUUGGAAGACGGGAGGAAGGUUCACCAGCACAUAAAACGAUCUGGGUUUGUACCUGGUCAGUUCAUCUCGAAUCGGUUGCUCGACAUGUACGUGAAAUGUGAUGGCAUGGAGGACGCAAAGAACCUGUUUGACGAAAUGGGUCAGAGGGACUUGUGUUCGUGGAACGUUUUGGUGUCUGGGUACGCGAGAUUGGGGUUGCUGCAAGAGGCGAGGAAACUGUUCGAUGAAAUGCCUGACAAAGAUAAUUUUACUUGGACCGCAAUGGUUUCGGGCUAUGUGCGUUACGAUAGGCCGAACGAGGCGUUAGAUUUGUGUAGAAUGAUGAGUCGGUGUCAAAACUGGCAGGGGAAUAAGUUUACAGUUUCUAGUGCUCUUGCUGCUGCAGCGGCAAUCCCGUGUUUAAGAAUAGGGAAAGAGAUUCAUGGUCAUAUAAUGAGAACUGGGUUGGAUUCGGAUCAAGUAGUGUGGAGUUCUCUAUCUGAUAUGUACGGAAAAUGUGGGAGCAUAGAGGAAGCAAGGCAUAUUUUUGACAGGAUGGUGGAUAGAGAUGUUGUGACUUGGACGACAAUGAUUGGUAGGUAUUUUGAGGAUGGUAGGAGAGAUGAAGGGCUUCAUCUGUUCAAGGACUUAAUCAAGUCAGGAACACAACCUAAUGAGUUCACUUUUGCUGGGGUUUUGAAUGCUUGUAGUGAUGUGACGGCCGAACAGCUUGGGAAGCAGGUUCAUGGAUACCUAACGAGAAUCGGCUCAACCCCAUUCUAUUUUGCAGCAAGUGCACUCGUUCACAUGUAUUCCAAAUGUGGUAGCAUGGUCAAUGCUGAAAGAGUGUUCAAAGGGAUGCUGCAGCCGGAUUUGGUUUCUUGGACUUCUUUGAUUGCUGGGUAUGCCCAAAAUGGGCAGCCUAAUGAAGCUCUUCACUACUUUGAGCUGCUGCUAAACUCUGGUAAAGUCCACCCCGAUCACAUAACUUUUGUUGGAGUUCUAUCUGCCUGUGCUCAUGCCGGGCUAGUUGAUAAAGGGCUUCAGUACUUUUACUCAAUAAAGGAUAAGCAUGGCCUGACUUACACGGCUGAUCACUAUGCUUGUAUUAUUGAUUUGCUGGCACGCUGUGGGAGAUUCGAAGAAGCCGAGCGUAUAAUUAGUGGCAUGCCUAUAAAGCCUGACAAGUUCCUUUGGGCUUCCUUGCUUGGCGGUUGUAGAAUCCAUAAGAACGUCGAGCUUGCAGAAAAGGCUGCAGAGGCAUUGUUUGAGAUAGAACCUGAAAAUCCUGCUACUUAUGUUACAAUGGCCAACAUUUAUGCCACUGCUGGUAAGUGGGCUGAGGUUGCUAAGAUUCGAAAGAUUAUGGAUGACAAAGGGGUGGUGAAGAAACCGGGUAAGAGCUGGAUCGAGCUCAAGAGAAAGACCCAUGUGUUCUUGGUUGGAGACAAGUCUCACCCGAAAUCGAAACAAAUACUCGAGUUCCUUGGGGAUCUCUCCAGAAGAAUGAAGGAAGAAGGGUUUGUUCCUGACACAAACUCAGUGUUGCAUGACGUUGAGGAAGAGCAGAAGGAGCAAAACCUGUCUUACCACAGCGAGAAGCUUGCGAUUGCAUAUGGGGUUAUUUCUACUGCAGCCGGAACACCGAUCAAAGUUUUCAAGAACUUGAGGACUUGUGUAGAUUGUCACACAGCAAUCAAGUUCAUAUCAAAGAUUGUAGAGAGGAAAAUAGUGGUGCGAGAUUCAGCUCGGUUCCAUUGUUUUGAGAAUGGUAGUUGUUCAUGCAGAGACUACUGGUGAUUCAACGAGACAGCUCGACUCCCUUGAAACAAUGGAUAUCCGGGGGGGAAGGUGUAAUUAGUUGGUUUAAGAGUCAUCUUUCACAGCUGAAUCAUGUGGUGGAACUCAGCGUGUGAACAUCUGCCAUCUUCAACCUCUCUGUAAAGUUUAUGGGGCAAUGCAUUGUUUUCUAUCGUUCAUUUUCUGAGUGAGUGAAAGUGCAUCAGCUGAGAAGGAAACUGAUGCUUGUUCAUUUCAGAUUUGGCCCAGUUGUGUACUGUAUCGUUGCAUUGAUAACAAGAUAUGUCAAUUGUGGGGGGGACAAAAGAGCUGAAUCUGAGAUUUUCUUUUUGGUUGUUUGCUUCUCUGCAUCUUUGAACAGCUGUUCGUGGCCUUCUUGUCAACGGUAUGUCUUCUUAGGAGGAACUUGAAACUGGGUCAGUGGCGGACUACUGCAAGUCUGCAACUGGAAGCCUUCGUCACAUCAUGCUUCAAGGCUCAUGCUGCCUGGUUUCUUUGGUCUCCGACUAUGUUUAGAGUAAGCUUUUGAUGUAACACUAGGUCGAAAGCCCGCUCGAGGAGUUCAAUUCUUGUUUUAUCAAGUUUUGUGUUUUUUUUUUCUUCCUCCAAAAUUGGAAGUAAAUCGGUUGAGCACAGUCACGUUGAAAUUAUUGAGUCGAAUUCCCAUUAAAACACUAUAGUUAUG